AUUCGGAAUCAAUUCUACUAGAUAAGAGUCAAUAUCAACCAUCAAUUUUAAUAACAACUCAUAUCAUAUCAUUCCAAGUUCACAUAUUACAUAUAGUUGGCAUUUUGCAAUUGCAUUGCUUCAUCUCGACGCUCACAUCUUAUCCUCUCCGUCAAACUAUUCAUCUUCAUUUCUGAAGUAUCAAUCAAAAUGCCGAACCUAAAAAUCCCGGAACAUCAAGUAGCCGGUCACCAAGCAAAAAACGGAGUCCUAGGUCCACUCAUAGACGACACCGGAAAAUUCUACAAACCACUUCAAAACGACGAGCGCGGUUCCAACGAACUUGCUUUCUACACCUCCCUAAAUUCAGAUUCACGCAUCCCCUCCAAAAUCCUCAAUUUCUUCCCUUCUUUUCACGGCACUCAGAUCCUCGACGCCUCCGAUGGUUCCGGCCUCCACCCCCACCUCGUCAUGGAAGACAUCGUCAGCAACUUCACCAACCCCUCCGUCGUCGACAUCAAAAUCGGUUCACGAACUUGGCACCCACAAUCCUCCGAAGAUUACAUUCACAAAUGCCUAAAGAAAGAUCGAGAAUCUUCGACUAUCAAAUUAGGGUUUAGAAUCUCCGGGUUGAGAUCUUUGGGUUCCAAUAAUCAACUUUGGCAGCCUCAUAAAAAGUUACUUAUGGAUCUUAAUUCCGAGGAAACGAUGUUGAUUUUGAGGAAAUUUGUUUCUUCGGAUGGUGAUUCUGAUGAGCCUGAUUGUGUUUUUGCUUCUAGGGUUUAUGUUUCUGUUUUGGAGGAUUUGUUGGAGUUGAAGAAAUGGUUUGAAGUUCAAACUAUUUAUCAUUUUUAUUCUUGUUCCGUUCUUGUGGUUUAUGACAAGUUAAAUGAAGAGAAGAAUGCACGUGCUGUUGUUAAGCUUGUUGAUUUUGCUCACGUGGUUGAUGCUAAAGGUGCUAUUGAUCAUAAUUUUUUAGGGGGUCUUUGUUCUUUGAUUAAGUUUGUUAAAGAUGUUUUGGAUGGUGUUUGUGGUGAUGGAAAAUGUGUUUCUAAGAUGAAAUGCUCAACUGUGAGUGAGAACUUGAAUCCUCUAUCGUAGUUGCACGAUGUAAUUUGAUUAAUAAAAUGACAGAAUCAAACCAUGCUUUAAUUUCAAUUUUGUUAGGAUUAAUAAAAUGUGCUUACUUUAGAACUAUAAUUGUUAAUUGUACCAAAGUAACCACAUUAAUUAUUUGUUUAUUAAUUAUUA